AUGUCAAGUUUAACCAAUAGUACUACAAAUCGAAUCUCAUCUUCAUCAAAUAAUCCAGCAUUUAUCACCAAUAAUGAUACCACUAAUCUUACGAAUCCUUCGGAAUCAUCCGUGCAACCUACUCUGACAAGCAUGGGCUUAGCUGCAGCAACAGCUAAUCAUACAUCUAAUAUUGAAUCUGAUUCGAAACGGAAACUUGAGGAUCCUUAUGCUAAUUUCUACGCGCUAAAUCGAACAUUACCACCUCCACCGAUCGGACCAACAACAUUUAACGUCAAUAAUCAAUCAUCUAUGAAUAAUUCACCAUUCAUUACUAAUUCUACAGAUCAUUCGGACAAUGGAGCAUUUAAAAAGAUCAAGCAUGAAUCUUUAUUGUUAAAUACACAUUCUUAUUACAAUUCUCCUUAUCAACCGAUUCCUCCUCUAUCGACAAAUAACAUGUCUCCAGCUCAUUCUUCAGCAUCGAGUCCAUCAUCUCAUCAUUCAGUAUCGAAUUCGACAAAUCAUUGUUCAACACCGGCGCGGCGCCGACAUCGAACAACAUUCACUCAAGAGCAAUUGGCUGAACUUGAAACAGCAUUCGGAAAAAGUCACUAUCCCGAUAUAUAUUGUCGAGAAGAAUUAGCUCGUGUUACAAAAUUGAAUGAAGCUCGUAUUCAGGUUUGGUUUCAAAAUCGACGAGCGAAGUAUCGUAAACAAGAAAAACAAUUGCAAAAAGCGCUCUCGCCCGUGCUCUCACCAUGCAACGCCAUGAUGAGAAACUUCUAUCAAACAUCGACUGGAAGACCUUAUCAAUACGGAACAUCUACCAAUGGACCAACUAACCCAACAUCCAAUCAGAUUCGUUACCCAUCAUCUGCAGUUGUCUAUUCACAAUUCUCACCACUAACAGCUGCUGGCAUUCGACAGGAUAAUCCGCUGUCGUUUCAAGAUACUGAUUGGUACAAUAAGAGUCUCUCGUCAUUUCGCGUCGAUCAUACAUCAAUGCUUCAUUAUCCAGCUUGA